AUGCGAGUAUCUGUCAUUCAGGAUCUGAGGGAAGAUGAAAAUGAGGAUGGGGAAGAAGAAGAAAAGGUCUUCCUCAAGCCUGUUAUUGAGGACAGAAAUAUGGAACUGGCACGAAAAUGCAGCGAAAUAAUAAGUGACAUACACUAUAAGGAAGAAUUUAAAAAAUCUAAAGGCAAGUGCAUAUUUGUACCUGACACCCCGCAACUAAAACAUGUGAAAAGUCUCAGUGCUUUUAUUUCUGAGGUGAAGUAUAAAGGAGCUGCUAAGAAAGACCUUUCCAACUCUCUUUAUCAGCAGAUGCCAGCCACAAUUGACAGUGUAUUUGCAAAAGAAUUAAUGCAACUUCAGAGCAAGGUUCUCUAUAAACAAAAACAUGAUGCUGAGAAAGGAACUUCAGAUUAUGCACAUAUGAAGGAACCUCCAGAUGUUAAGCAUGCCAUGGAAGUCAAUAAAUACCAGAGUGAUGUAUCCUAUAAGAAAGAUGUGCAAGAUACUCAUAGAUACACUGAAGUGCUGAACAGGCCAGACAUAAAGAUAGCGACUGAGAUAACAAAGAUAAUAAGUGAUGCUGAGUACAAGAAAGGAAGGGGAGAGAUGAAUAAGGAGCCUGCUGUACUUGGAAGACCAGAUUUUGAACAUGCUAAAGGAGUUUCAAAACUGUUAAGCCAAGUGAAAUACAAAGAACAGUUCAAUAAGGAAAUGAAGAGCCACCAAUAUAAUCCUCUUGACAGUGCUUCCUUCAAGCAAGCACAGAUUGCAUCCACCUUGGCAAGUGACGUGAGUUACAAGAAGGAUUUGGAAAGCCUACAUGAUCCAGCCUCUGAUCUACCAAACCUACUAUAUUUAAACCAUGCUUUAAAUAUCAGCAAAAUGCAUAGUGAUUAUGAAUAUAAGAAAUCAUUUAAACAAAGCAAGGGCUUCUAUCAUUUCACCCCGGAUACAGCUGAACAAAUCCAUCACAAAGAAAAUGCAGUGCUUCAAAGUCAGGUCAAGUACAAAGAGAAUUAUGAAAAAUCUAAAGGCAGAUCAAUGCUGGAGUUUGUGGAUACACCAAUGUAUCAAGUUUCAAAGGAGGCCCAAAAGAUGCAAAGUGAGAAAAUGUAUCGCAAAGAUUUUGAAGAAGGCAUCAAGGGAAGACCCUCAAUGGAUUUAGACAAGACCCCAGAGUUCUUGCAUUUAAAACAAGUCACUAACCUUCUGAAAGAGAAAGAAUAUAGAAAAGAUUUGGAAGAAGGGAUGAAAGGAAAAGGAAUGACAGUGUUUGAAGAUACACCAGAUUUGAUUAGAGUGAAAAAUGCAGCUCAGAUACUAAACGAG